AUGGACCCCUUCCAAGUCUACACGCUCGCAAACUCCAUUCUCCUCGGAAUCGCGGCGUACAAUGUCGUCGAGCUGUGCCUGACAAUCUACCACACCUUCGAGCGCCGCCAAGGGCUCUAUUUCGCCUCGAUCGUGAUCUCGACGCUCGCGCUGGCGAUCUUUAUCCUUGGUUCCUCGCUGUUACUUCCCGAUUCCAGGCUCUUUGUUUCGGUGGGAAGGUAUAUCUAUUUCUUUGCGUGGCCGGUCCUUGGAACAUCACAUAUAGUGUUACUCUACUCGCGUCUGCAUCUAGUCUUGCAUAGCCGGCGGAUCCUGCGCGGUAUCUUGAUCAUGAUCAUCAUUUCCUCAACAGUCAUUGUCCCGCCACAGUUAAUCGUCCCAUACAUCGGUUAUAGCGGUGGGUUUUCCGAUGUUCGUCUUGCGAGGAAAGUCUGGCGGUGCGUCCAAGGGGUUGUCGUUGUGAACACUAUGGCCCGUGAGGUUAUUAUCAGUGGGGUCUAUGCGGUGCAGGCGUAUCGUUAUCUCAGACCAAUCGUCCAGGUCAAGGGGGAAAAGGGCAGGGGUGUUAUGGUAUACCUUAUUAUUGUGCACAUUGCUGUUGUGCUUAUCGAUAUACCAUAUGUGGUAAUGUUCUUCUCGCAUCACGGAGUGGCUAUAGAUGGCUAUACGGGGUUGAUGUACAGCAUCAAGCUGAAGAUGGAAUUAGCCGUGUUGAAUAUGUUGGUGACGCUGUUAAAGAGUCCGGUUGUGCUUGGGGGUAUCGAGGGGUCGGAUGAGGGGAGUGAAGGAGGAGAGUUGAACUUGAAUAUUCAGGAGCUGAGCAGUAGAGCGCGAGAAUAG